AUGAUCUCUGAGAAAGAGUUCUUGGCUCGCCUCCCUCGGUUCAUCAGCCACUGGCUGGGCUAUCGUGAGAAUGCACCAAAGCCUCCCCCGAAAUAUCUCGUUCACUUCUGGUCGUUCAUAGCCGCAUUCUGUGGUCUAUGUGUGGUACAGGGUAUAUUCAAUUACUCUUCCUACUUCAUUGAACGUGGCGUGCCGGGCAUCAUUGCUUCUUAUGGAGCAUCAGCAGUUCUCGUAUAUGGCGCUAUUGAGAGCCCUCUAGCACAACCACGCGCGCUGAUCGGUGGUCAUUUCUUGAGCGCUCUGGUCGGCAUCUGCAUCUCGAAACUCUUCAGCUUAAUGCACAAUGAAGAAAAGUUCGACUCUUUGCGCUGGCUGGCCGCUUCGCUUUCGUCUGCUGUUGCCAUUGUUGUUAUGCAGAUCACCGAGACCACCCAUCCCCCGGCCGGCGCCACGGCUCUCCUUCCAGCAGUGGACGAAGCUGUGUGGGCACUAUCUUGGUACUAUCUGCCAGUGGUCUUACUUUCAUCGACUAUGGUUCUAAUGGUCGCUUUGGUCGUGAACAACAUUCAACGUCGCUAUCCCGUUUUCUGGAUCAGUCCACCCGCCCCGAAGCCUGUUCUUCCACAGGCUACCAAUUAG